CAUUUGUCACUAACCCCUCGCUGUCUCGCUAAGCUUCCCCUGUGGCUGGAUUUGCUUCGCCCCACUUCAAUAUGAAACUGUUCGGCGGCUUGUUGAUUCUCUGCAUGUCUCUGGCUGUGGGGACAGGCACUGAAGAGCCAACCCCGGACGACGCAGCCCAUCCCUCAGCAGUGCCCGAGGAAGCCUCUCUUUCAGAUUGGGGUAUUGGGACCAUCCGGGAUGGCUUUGAGACUGUGAAUGCCUAUUUAGACUACGUAUCAGAGCUGCUAGGAGGGAAGAAUGGCGUCUGCCAGUACCGGUGUAGAUAUGGGAAAGCACCACUGGCCAGGCCAGAUUACAAGUCUCCAGAACCCAAUGGCUGCAGCUCCUAUUUCCUGGGUCUCAAGCUGGAUAUGGGUAUCCCUGCCAUGACUAAGUGUUGCAACCAGCUGGAUAUAUGCUAUGAUACCUGCGGGGCCAACAAAUACCGCUGCGAUGCCAAGUUUCGCUGGUGUUUGCAGUCCAUCUGCUCUGACCUCAAGCGCAGCCUUGGCUUUGUCUCCAAGGUGGCAGCAUGUGAAUCAGUAGCCGACGCCGUAUUUAAAACGGUCAGGACUCUGGGCUGCCGUCCUUUCAUGGACAGCCAAAGAAGCGCUUGCAUUUGUCAGGAGGAAGAACGGGAAGAGUUGUGAGGUGAGCGUCAAACUGCCUGACAGCGAUGGCUCUGGAUUCAUGUGCCCCCUUGCUUAGAAGCGGGUCCGAUCUCUACUCCCUACACAGGUGCAAUUUUUUGGCAGCGGUUACAUUAGGGGAGCAGAUCAUUGCAAUCACUGCAAAUGCCUUAAUUGCAGCUUGAAGAGUGGAACCGAUUGCCUUGGCCCGGCACUCUCGUCUGUUCCAUCUGACAACUUCUUUCACCUCCCCAAAGCAUCUGUUUGGCAUAAUGACAAACCUCAGUGAAGACCAACUGCGAUGUGUUUGUGUGUGAGCAUUCCAGAUGUGAUAAAGGAUACAGAGAAAACGUGACAUUGGCUAUAGUACAUUUCUGCAGCAAAUAUGCACACAGCCGACUGGCUGUUAUCACCAGACAUUUAAUGCUGCCAUAGUGGUGUAGAGCCAGUCAAGGGUCAUGAGAAUUCCAUUCUAUUGGAAAAACAGGUGCAGGGUUGCACCAGUAGUCCUGGAUAAUGGACUACUCAACAGCACACAGAAUGGCUUGUUCUGGGGAUUCCCCAAAAGACAAAAAAAGGAGAAGAAUGACAAGAUCACAGUAUGGGUUUUGAGGUUACUCUUAAUUUAUUUCCAUUACGGCAUUGCUCCACUUAAAGAGAAGCAAAAUACAUAUUGCUUAAUAACAAGAAACAAAGGUAUAUUGAAUAUUUGAAAAGUUUAUUAUGGUAGGCCGUUGUAAAACUAACUUUUAUUAAAUAACAUAUAUAGUUCAAAAUAACAUCAGAGCUUGCCAGUAACAUUUACGAUGCACUCUUCUAGCUACAAAGAAUUACUGGUACUAUUAUUUUACAACUUCGGGUGACACAACUAUAUAUAUUUUUAGAACCAUCCUUAUUCUUCCAAAAUAUAACUCUUAGACCCUCUGGGUUAUUUCUCUGUAAACACAAAUUGGCACUUGUCCUAAAUUUGAACGUUUUUGACAUUUUGCCUGUUGCCGUCUGAUAAAAUAGCACCAGGAUUCUUUUUCUAAACAUAUCCUGCUGCACCUAAACUUA